CAAACACUUGUCAAGCCAGGGAGGCCAUGGGGGAAGCAGCUGGCAGAGACAAGGACUUAGAGGCUGUCUUCCAAAAGAAUGGUCUAAGCAGUGUUUGUUUCUUGCUGCCUCAGGUUUCAGAUACAGAAAACAUCCUGGGCAUUGUUCAUGCUGAAACCAUCAAAGUCUCUGUGGAGGUCUACGAUGUUAAUCUGAACAUCAACAUGCCUGAAGGUCCAGAUGGCAGCGUGGAAUUUGGAACCAUUAAUGUCUUUGAUAAUAAGAAGGAAGUCCUGAGUUUGAAGAACAAAGGCUUAUACGACAUUGAGUACAGUUUCAAGCUGACAACUGGAGGUGCCAAGAAGGGCAACUUGGAUUCUCAAUUCACUGUCCAGCCACAGAGGGGUGUGCUGAAGGCCUCCAAGCCACCUGUGAAAGUCGAAAUCCUCUUCCACCCCAAGACUGAAAUGUGUCUCAAGAGCAAACCCAUCCUGCUCUGCCAGGUCUUUGAUCCCCAAGUGGGUAAAGGAGGUGAGACCGUUGCCACCAUCCCAGUGAGGGUGUCGGCGAAGGCUGUGUACAGCAAGUACAGCAUCGAGCCUGCCUCGCCCAUCGACUUCGGUGUCAUGCUUAAGGGCACCAAGAAGACCCAGGUCUUAAUUGUGGAGAACAAAGGCGCCCUCAACUUCAAAUUCGUCAUCCACCGAGCACCUCCAGUGCAAAGUUCACAGCAAGAGGAAUCUGCCCCCUCGGUCAGGGAAAAACCGCGCUCGACACAGGCUCAGCUCACUGUAGGCAUGUUCACCGUGUCCCCUUGCUCCGGCUCCGUCGGUCCUUGGAGCAAGCAAAACAUCACGGUGGAUUGCAACGCAGGAGCAGAGGGGAAAUGUGAGGAGCAGCUGUACAUCGACAUCAGCAGCAGAGACCCCAAGGACAAUCCCCUCGGCAUUCCCUUUACCCUGACUGCCGAGUCCUGCUUCCCAGCGCUUGUUGAAGACGUCACAUCAAUCUUUGAGCAGUACCCGAUCCACAGCAACGUCGAUCUCCACCAGACGUUACAGUCAGUGCAAGGCAAUGGUGUGUUCAUCAGGGAUGAUAACAAAUUCAUCUUCACCAAAGUUCCGGUUGGGCAACAGGCCACAGCUCACUUCAAGAUCUCUAAUGGCACCAGUCUCCCUUGCGACGUUGUGCUCUCCAUCAAAGCCACGCCUGAAGAGCCUGACAACCUCAUCAGCAACAUCUUCAAGUUGGAUCCUGUCGAGAUGAGCAUUCCUGGUUUAUCCCACGCCUUUGCUACAGUGACCUUCACUCCAGAACAAAAGGAGGAGUAUCAGUGCACUUUCACAGCUUCCCUUGUUAUCCCAAAAAGCAGCUCUGUGAAUACAAAACCCCAAGAGCUGACCUUCACCAUCAGUGGAGAGGGGCACGUGCCUCAGUUGACAGUCGAGUGCCCGGGCCUUCGGAGUAAGAGGGGAAACCCUGUGCUGCGCUUCAGGAGGCUCCUGCUGGGGGACUCACAGAAACUCCCCCUGGUCCUUCGUAACAACGGUGUCAUACCCGUCCAGUUUGCAGUUCGAUUCGUGGAUUACCAGGGAAUUUUCUUCAUCAAAGGCAGGAUGUCUGCAAUCCGUGCCGUCCGCAUUCCAGACAUGGAAGAGGACUCCACUGGAAAAGCCAAGAAGCCUUACCUGCUCCUGGAACCCGGGCAAGCAGCAGAGUUUGACCUGUUUUUCAAACCAACCCUGGCCCAACGUCUGGAAAGGAAGAUCCAUGUGGAACUGUCAGGCAACAGUGACUUCGACAUAGAGGUGGUGGGUGAAGGCUACGAUGAUGACUUCACCCUUGAUAACCUCCCUGGACUAGCAGAGGACAGCCAGGAGAGCAAUGCUGAGGGCAUUCUGGAGGACGACAUCAUUGAGGCUGUCAGAGUGAAUCACGUUGAGUUUGGGGACUGUGCAGUCAAGGAGCUCUGCGACAAGACCUUCACAGUCACCAACCGCAGCAAGGAGGAGGCGAUGCGGUUUGAGUGGCCGGCAGACGCCUCGUUCCAGUUCUCCCCCAAGGUGGGACACCUCCGGCCUGGCUGUGCCAAGGAUAUCAGAGUGACCUUUAAAUCCAACGUCCCAGUCACCUUCAAAAGGCACUCUGUGAACUGUAAGGUGGUCAAGAUCAAAUACCAGCUGCCACCAGAGAAGGUUUGCGACUGGGACGACAGACUGCGCACUGAGGAGUGGGAGGAUACCACCGAGAGACUGCCAGGAGCCCGCUGGCCUUUGAAGAGGAGGGUGGUCAAGACAGUCCCGGAACCACCUCACACCGUCCUGGAGGAGAGCAGCCGCGAGGUCGAGCUUUUCCUCAGUGCUCAAGUUGACUACGCCGAGUUCAAACUGGACACGGUCAAAGUUCAACUGAAGAAGACUGAGCUCUUCCAGACAGACAUAAGCACUUUCCAGAUGUCCAAUACAGGCAAUGUAGCCCUGAAAUACUCCUGGGAGGUGAAUCUGGAGGAGGAAAGACCAAGGAAGUGUUCUGGGAAGCCGUUCUCGACCACUCUGAUGCGUUAUUUCUUGUCCUCUGAAACUGUGGAUUACUGGUUCAAGCAGCAGCGUGCAAGGCGGGUGUCCUGGGCAACGUCGCUCGAGUUCAGUCGGCCCCAGUCAACCGUGCCAAGUCGGCGCUGUUCAAAGCAGCUGAGCCACUAUUUCAAGCGCAGGAGUUCCUCCCUGGAAUUGUAUCCAGAUGACAUCGAUGACCCACCGCUGUUCUCCAUCGAGCCCGACUGCGGUACCAUCCCUGCUGGCCAGAGUCAGAUUUUCCACGUGAAAUUCUGCCCGAUGCGUGUGGGGGAAUUUAAGGCCGAAAUACUGUGCAGUAUUCCUAACCUGAAGCCAUCUCAGAAGAGCCCACGGGUGUUUGUGAUGGGGGAAGGCUGUUCGCCAACGGCUGAUCCGAAAUACCUUAUGUUACUGCGAAAAAGUGAAACCCAGAGCAGCAAACCCAAGAAGAAGGUGCAGCGGCCAUCAAAACGAGAGUGA